AUGACUUCCACAUUCGAUUCGCGAUGGGAGAAGCAGGACAUAUCGUCGUCUGCGCAUUCCGCAGCAAAAUGGGCUCUCGAUUUUGUCCGACCAGCAGUCAUGAUAAGAAGCGCUCCCCAGAAGAAACCCGUACGGACCGCUUAUCUUGAUGGUCUUCGAGGAUUUGCAGCUUUUUUGGUGUAUUGGCAGCAUCACGAAUUGUGGCCUCUUCGUGAAGUUCCUUCAAGUCGGAUCAUGGAAAUGGGCUGGGGAUAUGAAGGCAAAUACUACUUUGCUGCUUUGCCUGUCGUCAGGACAUUCUUUACCGGAGGCCAUUUUGCUGUGGCUGUCUUCUUCGUCAUUUCAGGAUACGUUCUCUCCGUGAAACCCCUAGCUCUGAUUCAAGCUGGCGAGUACAGCAAACUUGGGGAGAAUAUGGGAUCGGCUCUAUUCCGUCGCUGGACACGACUUCACUUACCGAUUAUUUUUAUCACAGUCACAUACCUUACCUCUUGGCAUCUCUUCGGCAUCUGGACUUUAUCGCCAGUUCAUAAACUGACUUUCCGUGAAGAGCUCUGGAACUGGUACAUUGAAUUCAAGAAUUAUUCCUUUGUGUUCAGAGGAGGCGGAGAUGCCUGGCUGACAUACAACUUCCCGGCUUGGUCCAUCCCAGUCGAAUUCCGAGGCUCGAUCAUUGUUUAUACUACCCUCAUGGCAGUCUCUAGGGCCACAAGAAAUGCCAGACUCUGGGUUGAAGUAGGGUUGAUUUACUACUUCAUGUAUGUUGUUGAUGGCUGGUUUGGAGCCAUGUUCAUGGGUGGCGUACUGCUCUGCGACCUCGACCUUCUUGCCCGGAACGGAGACCUGCCAAUUUUGAUUACGAAACUCGAAUCAUGGAAAAUGCCGUUCUACUACAGUGUUUUUGUUGUGUCCCUAAUUUUUAGUGGAUGCCCUUCCCACAUCAUCGACAUGGAAAUUCUGCACAAUGCACCUGGCUGGCACUACCUGGGCAAGCUCAAACCUGAAGCACCAUGGGACCAGAAAUGGUUCUUCCUCUUCUGGGCAGCUAUGUUUCUGGUCGCUGGUAUCCCACGGAUAUGGUGGCUAAAGGCCUUCUUCGAAGCUUCUUUCAACCAAUAUCUUGGCCGGAUUUCAUUCUCGCUCUACCUGGUUCAUGGUCCUAUCCUGUGGACACUAGGCGAUAGGCUGUAUUGUGCCGUUGGAUGGUAUAAGGAAGCUCACGAGGAGUUCAUCCCCGAUUGGGUCAACAAGUUUCCGCUGUCGCAUAGCGGACCGAUGGGUCUGGAGCCGGCAUUCUUGGUUCCUCAUCUGAUUUUGUUGCCGCUCACCUUGUGGGCUGCGGAGAUUGUAGCGAAGAUUUGCGAUGAACCCAGUGCGAGAUUUGCUGCAUGGGCAUAUUCUUUGACAUUGCCUCCUCCAGCACCAAUCCUGGAGUUGCAUGGAUAG